UUUAUGAUUUACGUGAUUGGUUUCUGAUAAUUCGGUGCCUAGAAAUCAAUGACUUUUGAGAUGAAUUAAAGUUGCACAUGUGAACACGAGCAAACAGCUUUCGCCAUAAACUAGUACAACUAUCGGUAAUGUGCGAUAAAACACGCUAUAUAGUAGAUAAUUGUAAGUGAAAUGACAAGAUAAUGGUAUAAAUAGGUACUUCGACGAAAGUUGGUACAAGUGUAUUUUCGUUUCUCAGGAGUGGUGAGGACAAUGACUGCCUUCAGGAGACUGUUCGCAUGUUUCGCGUUAAUUGUCCUUCUGCAUCCAUCAGUUCAAGCGGGGCGCACUAAAGCAACCUCGAGUGUGCCCUUGCGUCCACCAAACUGUGGUUUCAGCAACGUUACGCAUACCAGGGUGGUUGGUGGUAAACCAGCUAAACUUGGUGCUUGGCCAUGGAUCGCUGCAUUAGGCUAUGUUGAUUGCGAUGACCCAGAUGGGGAACCGUAUUGGGCCUGCGGAGGUUCCCUAAUAUCGGCUAAGCAUGUUUUGACCGCAGCACAUUGCGCAGAAUUUUUUGGAUUGUACGUGGUUCGUAUCGGGGACUUAGACCUAGGACGAGAUGAUGACGGAGCGCAUCCUGUUCAAAUAGAAAUCGAAUAUAUAAUACAACAUCCUGAUUAUAUUAACGGUUCACAUCAUGAUGAUAUUGCUAUUCUUACACUGAAGAAAAAUGUUCCAUUUUCGGAAUACAUACGUCCUAUUUGUCUCCCCAUAGACCAGCCCUUACGAAAUAAAAACUUCGAGGGUUACCAUCCUUUCAUUGCUGGAUGGGGAGCGGUAGGAUAUGGUGAAGAUUUAAGUGAUGAAUUACUGGAAGUACAAGUGCCAGUGAUUAACAACACCCAAUGCAAGAAAGGUUAUUGGCCAAUUGAUAAGACUCGUAUCACCACAAAAGUAAUAUGCGCCGGUGAAGAAGGAAAGGAUAGUUGUAGGGGUGACAGCGGCGGACCACUGAUAAUACCACAGCAAUUCACCUACUAUCAAAUAGGUGUUUUGUCCAGUGGUCACAGGUGUGGCACUGCUAGAUUUCCCGCUGUUUACACUAGGGUCACGUCGUACCUUGACGACUUCAUUCUGCCAGUGUUGGAAAAUUAUUAGUGUCCCAUAAAUAUCAUUUUUCGUGUGCUAAAAGUAAAGUUGGAAUUUAUUAUUGUGGAGAUAAGAGCCAGUCCAGACUUAUUGUUUUGUAUGGCACUGAUUAUAGCCUUAACAUGCACGAAAUGUUACUUUGAAGCGACACUACUUUUUUAGACACGCUAUAGCUGCACGACUUAGAAAUAUAAAAAUGAUAAACAAACAUUAAUUAAAUUACUUUUUCCGCUUCUUCUUUUUUGAUGGUAAUAAUAAAUCAACUUUCGCAAAGCUUUUAUAAAUCUUGUUUCUGAUGUAUCAAGAACAUAUUCCAUUUAGAACGUAUACUCCUUGUAUGUAUAUGCAAAAUUUCGGACUACUCUGAAACAUUUUAUACGAUAGAAAGCUUCCGGAAGUCCGGACGCGGAGAGUGCAUAAAAUACAAGAUAAGCCUCGCAUUUUUCAAAACUAUUGUUUUUCGUUGAAAAUUUCCUGUCUACUCCUGAAAUCACAUGGAUCCUCGAAAUUUUACUUAUUCUUUUAUCACUUCCCAAUUAAAUACACUCUUUUUGCAUGAUUAGCUAUAUGUAACAGAAAUUUCCAUUCAGCCAGAGCUAUACUUACACAUUACAGAUAUUUACAAGACACUUUAAUUCCCAAUCUAUUAUGAUGCAUAAAAAAGUUUAUAAUGUUAAAUCUAUUCGUAUUUUAUUGCAUGUAAGUAUAGAUAUACGUGACGUACAUUGCCUUUGAACGUGCACUACCAUUACCCCAUUGAAUGCUUUAACAUUGCGCAUAUUUACUGUAUUUUAUACAAAUUUUGUAAAAGUACUUUGUAUGAUUCUUCAGAUUAUUAA